AUUCACCGUAGCGCUGCAAGAAACGCAUUCGAUCAAUCAGGGUUAGAGGUCAGCUUUGUGCAGCAAACUAUGACGAGUGAAAAUUCUGUGAUAUAUAUUUAUAUGAUUUUAGUUUAUUUAUUAUUGUAUAAUGAAGCAAAAUCACAUCAUGCUGUCGUCAUUAUUCAUGGGGUUCUCACUGGAAGCGAUAGCAUGGAACUUAUUAGCAAUAGAAUUCAGGAGAUGCAUCCUGAUACUCCAGUCUACAACACUGUUAGGUUUGCAGGAUGGAGUAGCCUGGAACCAAUGUGGCAACAGGUAGAGGAAAUAGGCAUGGAUGUACUUUCUAUAGGUGCCGCAUUUCCUGAAGGGAUUAAUUUAAUAGGUUACAGCCAAGGUGGUUUAUUAGCUAGAGCCAUAUUGCAAAGAUUUCCCAUGCAUAAUGUCAGAAAUUUUAUUUCCCUGAGCUCACCGCAAGCAGGGCAAUACGGAACACGUUUUCUACAUUUGAUUUUCCCAGACUUAGUUUGUGAAACCGCUUAUGAACUUUUUUAUUCACGACUUGGACAGCACACCAGUAUCGGAAAUUACUGGAACGAUCCUCAUCACCAAGAAUUGUAUUAUAAAUAUAGCAAGUUUCUACCAUAUGUGAACAAUGAAAUCGACGUUUUCAAUAAUUCCGACUAUAAAACGGGCUUAACCAAACUGAAACGUAUGAUACUUAUUGGAGGACCAAACGAUGGCGUUAUCACUCCAUGGCAAAGCAGUCAUUUUGGAUAUUACGAUAAUAACAACACUGUGAUAGACAUGCAUGAUAGAGAUAUUUAUAAAGAUGACACGAUUGGUUUGAAAACGUUAGAUAAACAGAGCAAGUUGAAGAUUAUCACAGUACCUGGAAUUCCCCAUUCUGAAUGGCAUAAAAAUAUUUCUAUAGUAGAUCAAUUUUUGUUACCGUAUUUAGAUUAAACGUAAUAUAAAUAAAAUAAGAUCAAAAUUUGCCAAAUGUAAUAGAAGAACUAAGGAAUAUAUUAUUCGAGUGGACGAUUUUUUUUCCAUGCGAUAUUGUGUGGUUGAUUUUAUAUGUGAGUGAAGCUUCACUCAUUUUUUUAUGUGUAACAAAUUUAAACAAUUAUAAAUCUACUUUUAUUAUAUUUUGUCCCUCGCAUUUUAUAUUAAAAUAGAUUCAUAUAAAUUUAAGAUAUAAGUGAUAUGAUAUCUGUGUGUGCACGUGUGCUUGUAAAUAGUAAUAAGAAAUUAUACGUAUGCAUGCAUAUAUCAUAUACCAUUGGAAAAUUUAAUGUGUUAAAUUUAACAUAUUUCAUGUGUUCCAAACGGUCUAAAUUUAAUUAAUUUAAUUUAUCUUUAAAUUUUGAUUAAUUUAACAAGAUGAAUGUGUUAGAAAAUAACACUAUAAAUAUUAUAUUUAUAAUGUUAAUUUUAUAAAAAGUUAACACAAAAAAUAAUACUGACACAAUUCGUAAGUAAACUGUGAAAGUAUAUUUUUUUCAAUAAAACUAACAUUUACAUCUUAAAUUAACAUUCAAAUAUAUUAAGAAUCCAACAAAAUUUUUAUAAGGAUUGAGUGGACCAUUUCUAACACAAAUACAAAAUUUUUUUACUCUAUAAAUAUAUAAUUUAAAUAAUGUAUUAUACUAGAUCUGCAUCUUUUACUU